GUCAAGGUCAAGAGAUAUUUAAACAUUUUUUGAUCACAUGAGUGUUUCUGAAAAGGUUACUAAAAUAGUCGUUUGGUUGUAGUUGUUUUGUGUUGUAUAGUAUAUCUUCAUUUUUAAAAAUCAACAUUUAGACAAGUAGUCAAAGGGAUCUUUAUUUUAAUAAUUAUGGCACUGAAAAUAAGUAUUCUCAAGAUUUUUUUACUUUAUGCUUUAUAGUAUAGAAUGGAAUGGGACUAAUGUAUUGGCGUCUGAACAAAAAUAUUUUUAACUAAGGCACAAAAUAUUUUUUUUCUUUGCAGGGGGUCGAUUCUCGACUUGUAGGAACCUUUUCCUAUAGGAAUUUGUGACAUUUUCCUACAUGUAGACAAAUGUCAUAAAUUUCCGAUGUGUAGAAAAAUGUCAAAAAUUCCUAUAGGAAAAAAUUCCUACGAGUCGAGAAUCGACCCCCAGGCCAAAGCUAACAACCUAUUAGCAAAAGCAAUAUUUGCAUCAGGAAGACCUCUCUCCAUGGUAGAGCUUCAAUUUUGGAAAGAUAUUUUAAUUUUCUUACACCCCUCUUAUGCUCUCGCUCUUCCAACAAGAAAAACGUUGUCAACUACAUUAUUGGAUUCUCAUUAUGAAGUCAAGAGUGAUAUAGAAAUAACUAUUGCUGAAUCUGACCAUUUAGCUUUGCAGUUAGAUGGAUGGUCGAAUAUAAGAUCAGAAGGCAUCAUUAAUUUUGUUGUAACAACAGCAGAGCAAAAAAUGUUUUACAUCAAAAUUUUAGAGACAAAAGAACAUCGCCAUACUUCAGAAUAUAUUGCUAUAGAAACUGUGAACGUACUCAAUCAGUAUAACCCUAAUAAGUGUAUAGCUAUCAUAACUGAUAAUGCAGCUAAUAUGAAAAAGACUACAGCUUCUAUUAGCGAGAUUUUACAUAAAGAAAAGGAACAAGCUAACAACUCCGCGUGCAAUAAAAUUAACGUACAUCGCCAAUUACUGGGAAAGAUAGCUGUACGGGAUGUACCACUUGACAAAAACGAGUGUCCAUCUAUUUCUAGUUUGACUCAAGUAACUGAAAGUGUUCAGCAUUCUAACAUGAUAUUGCCGGAAGCAGAGAUACCUGGACCUUCAGGCCUUUCAAAAUCACCAAUAAAUUGUGAUUCAGAGACGGAGACAGAAACUUCUUCGGAGGACUCUGAUUCUGAUGAGGAAGACGUGACCGAUGAGGUUAAUAGCUCAGAAACAGGUUUAGUUUAG